AUGGAGCGCAGCUGCCUCCCCCCGCCGCAGCAGGAAGCGGUAGAAGCCUGGCUGGAUGAUCACUGGGACUUUACCCGCUCUUACUUUGUUAGGAAAGCUACAAGAGAAAUGGUCAAUGCAUGGUUUGCUGAGAGAGUUCAUACCAUCCCGGUCUGCAAGGAAGGAACCAAAAACCACAGUGAAGAUUGCUCUUGUCCUGCUCAUCAGACUACCCGAGCUGAAAGCCCCAACCCUGGGACACCAGCAAGGAAAAUCUCUGCUUCUGAAUUUGACAGGCCUCUAAGGCCCAUCAUUGUCAAGGACUCUGUCGGAACUGUGAGUUUCCUUUCUGGCUCUGGAAAAAAGGAACAGAUGCCUCUGCAAUCUACAAGGAUUGGGACUGAUGCAGGGGAUCAGUGCUCAAGACUCUUAGAACUAGUGAAAGAUAUUUCCACUCACUUGGACGUCACAGCCCUUUGCCACAAAAUUUUCCUGCACAUCCAUGAGCUCAUAGCUGCUGACCGUUAUUCCCUUUUCCUGGUCUGUGAGGAUAGCUCCAAUGAGAAGUUUCUUGUCAGCAGGCUGUUCGAUGUUGCAGAAGGUUCCACCUUGGAAGAAGCUUCAAACAACUGCAUUCGCUUGGAAUGGAACAAGGGGAUUGUGGGACAUGUAGCAGCCUUGGGCCAGCCUUUGAACAUCAAGAAUGCAUAUGAGGAUCCCCGAUUCAAUGCAGAAGUUGACCAAAUCACAGGAUACAAGACUCAGAGUAUUCUUUGUAUGCCAAUAAAGAACCACAGGGAAGAGGUUGUUGGCGUGGCUCAAGCUAUCAAUAAGAAAUCUGGAAUUGGUGGGAUAUUCACAGAGCAAGAUGAAAAGGAUUUUGCUGCUUAUCUGGCAUUUUGUGGAAUCGUUCUUCACAAUGCUCAGCUAUAUGAGACAUCACUGCUUGAAAACAGGCGUAACCAGGUGCUUCUUGAUCUUGCUAGCUUGAUUUUUGAAGAGCAACAAUCUUUGGAAGUAAUUUUGAAGAAGAUAGCUGCAACUAUAAUCUCCUUCAUGCAGGUGCAGAGGUGCACCAUUUUCAUAGUAGAUGAAGAUUGCACUGAUUCAUUUUCUAGGGUGUUUCACAUGGAGUUUGAGGAAUUAGACGAUUCAGCUGAUGUCCUGAAGAGGGACUAUGAUGCAAACAAAAUAAAUUAUAUGUAUGCUCAGUAUGUCAAGAAUACCAUGGAGCCUCUUAAUAUACCAGAUGUUUGCAAUGACAGAAGAUUUCCAUGGACAAAUGAAAAUGCAGAAAAUGUAAACCAGCACAUAAAAAGUUUGCUUUGUACACCAAUAAAAAAUGGGAAGAAGAAUAAAGUGAUAGGGGUUUGUCAGCUUGUAAAUAAGAUGGAAGAAGACUUGGGCAAAAUCAAGGCUUUCAACAGAAAUGAUGAACAGUUUCUGGAAGCCUUUGUCAUCUUUUGUGGCUUGGGGAUCCAGAAUACACAGAUGUAUGAAGUUGUGGAGAGAGCCAUGGCCAAGCAGAUGGUGACAUUAGAGGUCCUCUCAUAUCACGCUUCAGCCACUGAGGAGGAAACAAGGGAGCUGCAGGUAACAGCGACGGCUGUUGUGCCAUCUGCACAAUCUCUCAAGCUAACUGACUUCUACUUCAGUGACUUUGAGCUUUCUGACAUGGAGACAACAUUGUGUUCAAUUCGAAUGUUCACCGAUCUCAACCUGGUGCAGAAUUUCCAAAUGAAACAUGAGGUUCUUUGCAGAUGGAUUUUGAGUGUGAAGAAAAAUUAUCGAAAAAACGUUGCAUAUCACAAUUGGAGACAUGCCUUUAACACAGCCCAAUGUAUGUUUGCUGCUUUAAAAUCGGGUAAACUUCAGAACAAGCUGACUGACCUAGAGAUACUUGCUUUGCUGAUAGCAGCCCUAAGCCAUGAUUUGGAUCACAGAGGGGUGAAUAACUCUUAUAUACAGAGAAGCGAACAUCCGCUGGCUCAGCUCUAUUGCCACUCAAUCAUGGAGCAUCACCAUUUUGAUCAGUGCCUGAUGAUCCUGAAUAGUCCGGGAAACCAGAUUCUCAGCAACCUUUCCAUUGAAGAAUACAAGGCCACGCUGAAAAUGAUAAAACAAGCCAUUCUUGCCACAGACUUAGCACUGUACUUUAAGAGAAGGGGAGAGUUUUUUGAACUUCUACGAAAGAAGCAAUUUAACUGGGAAGAUCCUCUGCAGAAGGAGCUAUUUUUAGCAAUGCUGAUGACUGCUUGUGAUUUGUCAGCAAUAACAAAGCCAUGGCCAAUUCAACAACGGAUAGCUGAACUUGUAGCUACAGAAUUUUUUGACCAAGGAGAUAAAGAGAGAAAGGAACUCAACAUAGAACCAACAGAUCUAAUGAACAGAGAGAAGAAAAAUAAAAUUCCCAGCAUGCAAGUUGGAUUCAUAGAUGCCAUUUGUUUACAGCUCUAUGAGGCCCUGACACAUGUAUCAGAAGCCUGCUUCCCUUUACUGGAUGGCUGUAGAAAGAAUAGGCAGAAGUGGCAAUCCUUAGCUGAACAACAGGACAAGAAUCUGAUUAAUGGAGAAAGCAAUCAGCCCAAGCGGAACUGA